CGUCAAUUGCAAAUAUCGCGGCUACGAUGUCUAGCCAAUGUUAGUGUGCUGGAGGCGGGGAUAGCAACAUGUGCGAAGUGAUAAUAUAAUCCUUAGUUAGAAGAAAACUUUGCUUCCUAUGGAAACCUCGGCGCGGCUUAGAAAUGGUAUCCAGCAGCAGAUUGCCGAGCCCCUGGACCGUGUCCUAUGGACAGACCUUCUUAGUUUUAGGCAGCUUAUUAAUUUGCUUUCUUUUGUUGUUAUUCAUCCGUCAGCUCGUAAAGCAGAGGAGACCGCGGGGCUUUCCCCCCGGACCUACAUCUCUGCCCAUUAUUGGAAAUAUAUGGUCUCUUGCCUCGGAACCGCACGUAUAUAUGAAGAAUCAGAGUGAAAUCCACGGACCGAUCUUCAGUCUUGACCUUGGCGGUAUCUCUACCGUGGUGCUGAACGGGUACGACGCUAUCAAAGAGUGCCUCGUGCACCAAGGAGACGUCUUCGCAGACCGACCCUCACUGCCAUUGUUCCAGAAGAUGACCAAGAUGGGAGGGCUUCUGAACAGCAGGUAUGGACGAGGAUGGAUAGAACACCGCAAGCUUGCCGUCAACAGCUUUCGUUACUUUGGCACGGGCCAAAAAACUUUCGAGAACAAGAUCUCUGAAGAGUGCAUGUUUUUCGUGGACGCCAUCGACGAGCACAAGGGGAAGCCCUUCAACCCCAAACACCUGGUGACCAACGCCGUGUCCAACAUCACCAACCUCAUCGUCUUCGGGGAGCGCUUUACCUACGACGACACGGACUUCCAGCACAUGAUCGAGAUCUUCAGCGAGAAUGUGGAACUGGCCGCCAGCGGCUGGGCCUUCCUCUACAACGCCUUCCCCUGGAUUGAGAUCCUGCCGUUCGGCAAGCACCAGAGACUGUUCCGGAACGCGGUCGAAGUGUACGACUUCCUGCUGAAGCUCAUCCAGCGCUUCUCGCAGGGCCGCAUGCCGCAGUCGCCGCGGCACUACAUUGACGCCUACCACGACGAGAUGGAGCAGAGCACAGGAGACCUGGGCUCUUCCUAUUCCCUGGAGAACAUGAUCUUCUCCGUGGGCGAGCUUAUCAUUGCCGGCACGGAGACCACGACAAACGCCAUUCGCUGGGCCAUGCUCUACAUGGCGCUCUACCCCAGCGUGCAGGACAAAGUGCAGAGGGAGAUCGACGUGGUGGUGGGGAGCUGCAGGCCGCCUGGCUUGGAGGACAGGCUGAGGAUGCCGUACGUGGAGGCUGUGCUGCACGAGGUGCUGCGCUUCUGCAACGUGGUGCCCCUGGGCAUCUUCCGGGCCACCUCAGAGAACGCGCUGGUGAGGGGCUACACCAUCCCACGGGGCACCACCGUGAUCACCAACCUGUACUCUGUGCACUUUGACGAGAAGCACUGGAGCAACCCGGAUAUCUUCUCGCCGGAGCGUUUCCUGGACAGCCAGGGCAAUUUCGUGCGACGAGAGGCAUUCCUGCCAUUCUCAUUGGGAAGGAGACACUGCUUGGGCGAGCAGCUGGCCAGAAUGGAGCUGUUCCUCUUCUUCACCACCAUGCUGCAGAGAUUUUGCCUGCAGUUUCCAGCAGGCUUCGUUCCCAGCCUCACGCCCAAACUGGGCAUGACCUUACAGCCUCUGCCCUACAACAUCUGUGCAGUCCGGAGGCAGCAGUGAGCAGAGACCCAUGGCCACACUGACCUGCCUGCCAGUGAGGCUGGACUCUGGGCUUGUGAGCUCAGACAGCAUUUGAAUACAUCCCUCGAAACACUGCACUGGUUCCCGGUGGACAUUCUCCGGGAAAAUCCCGUCAGCUCUGUAGAAAGCCACAGAAAACUCAAGGCCAUGCAACUGAGAACAGUAAGCAUGCAUGGUAAAGAUCUCGAGUGUGAGGAGCAGUGUGUAUGUGUACCCUCUCUAUGCUCUCCACACCACAAGGUAUAUAACCCUAGAAAUGCAGUCACACACACCUGUUCACACAGACAGGAGUCAGAGGAGAGUCCAUCGGUGCGAGUGAACGGGGUCCACCUCCCUCUGUGUCUCUGGAUCGUGUAGCUGUCCGCGCCGAUAAACUGGAACACUCAGUCCUGCUGCGUCAGGUGCACAUCUGCUUUUCCCGGAACUUUCUACAUUCCCGCGCCCUGCGUGUUGUGCAAGUUCCCCCCCCCCCCCUCCCCUUUGGCUCAGCCUGGUGGGCUCUGUGUACACAGGGAUCCUGUUCCUAGGACUUUGCCUUAGGAACGCGAGUAACCAGAAAGCGGGUACAUUUCAAUACCUGCGAUUCUGGCCUGGCAGGGUAUCGGCCUGUCACGUAGCUACUGAUACAAGUGUUUCAAAGUUGGAUGUGUAUAUUAAAACAAAAAGACAUGCAUUGAGGUAAGAAGUUAAGGAUUACAGUAAUAAAUCAAGCAAUUUCCAUUCAAAAAUGAUACAAAUACAAAUAUCCAGUCGUUUUCUUGAUUCUUGCAACCCACUGUGCCAUUUGUCUCUAUCACAAGUAAAAACCCUUGCACUGUAAAAUUUUGAUAUAAUAUUAAAUUAUAUUUGUCUUUAUUAAUAAAUAUAAAUUUCUCCAAAGGGUAUUGAUUUAUUUUAAAAAUAAAAGCAUUUCAACUAUACUUAAGCACUUGGACACAAUGUGAUAAAUCUGUAGUAAAAGCAUCCAAACCGGCCCAUAGGCCUAUAAGGGUUAAUAUCAGAACCAGCAGUAACCUCAGACUGAGCGUUUUCUAUUUUUAAAAGUGAUCACUAAAGGAGAAGUCGAUACCGCUGGCUGUACACGUUCAGUCAAUAUCCUCUAUCGAUCUGAUAGUGGGGGCUGUGUUUGGCAAUGGACCACAACUAAAAAUGUCACAGGAGUAACAGGUCCGGCAAACACCUCACUCUGUAAGUGCAUAGCUUGGCUUUUCUCACUGCGUCCGUGAGGAAAUGUUUUACAAACAACCAACGAUUUAUACUUCAAUCUGACCCAUUGAUCAGAACCAAAUGGCAUCACUGAUCACUGUGUAAGUCACAUGGGUGUGUCAUCCCCGCGGGUACCCGGUACUGGUCUAGUUCCGGGAAUUCCGCUCUGCCAAGAACCUGGCUGUCACCCGCAGUCACCAUCUGAUCUGCAUACUUUUCACUGGCUGGAAGUAGCGCGGUGAUGUGGCAGUUCCCGCCAGGUUUCCUCUGGGCCCCAGGCCAUGCGAGGGGCUCUGGGCCCAGGGCUGACUCAUGGCAGCACAGUGCCAUGCAGCAUGACGCAAACACACUAUGCCGCAUGAUAUGUUAUGCAUUUUUACCAUAUAGAAAAUAAUCACAUACCUAAAGGCAUAUUAUAUUACAUAUUAUUGAUUUUGGUGAACAUUCCGCUGCCCAGUGUUGGAUCCAGAACAAACUUACUAGGGAUGAAUCUGAAAUUAGUGAGGAGACCCUUUCCUUCCCCCCCCCCCCAGCGGUCAUAGACUGGUUGGCAUCCACCUGAGGGUGCACAUUAUCGGUUUCAGGGCAACCUUGUGAACCCAGGUCAGAGUCGUACCCUGGUUUCUAAUAAAACAACCUUCAUCCUAUGAGAUAAGGAAACGAAAGCACUUAGGCACACAGCCAUCAUAGCUGACUUCAGAAUCCUGAGUCUGGCCUGCAAACUGAUUUGUUGGGAUAUUAAAUGUGGUUUUUCAUACUCCACCCAAUUUUUGAAUUAGAGAAAAUGGGUAUAUGAAAAAGCAGUGUCAGAUUUACUCUCAACAGAACAGAUGCUGGCUGGGGAUCAACAUGAGGGUGCGUCAUGAUAUUCUACUUGUUGAUGGAUUUAGGACGUUUCUGCUACACCGAGAAAAACAUCAGAGGAACUGGGAUACCUGCAAUGCAAGUUAUCUUCAUGGCAUUCAAGGCAUUACUACUGCCUUGAUUUUAUUAUUGUGAUAAUCUUCUUCUCUGUGCAGAACAGAAUACUCUUGCUGUAACUUUAGACUAGUGUUCUGCAACAAAAAGAUACUCUGGCGAGUUAUUGAAUGGGAUGCACGUUGUUUCGCCAUCGACUAGAAAUGUCUUGCUGACUGACCAGUUGGCUUUAACCAAACCUCCGACAACACGUGUAUACAGGGACCUCCAAUGCAAACACAACAGUCAUAAGUGGAUAGAUCUCAGUACCAAGGAGCAUGGAUUGAGCUCUCAUCUAGACUUCAAGGCUAGGACAUGACAACAUCUCCUCUUCAUGGCCAUCUACCUCUUUAAAGCAAUUUAGCUCUCACCGAUUUCUUUAUCUUGUGGUCUGGUGGACCACAAGGGACUGGCGACACAGUCACAGCUCUGAGGACAACGUAGUCUUGAGACCACAGAUAAACCACGUCUCUGACAGCAGCAUCAAGCUGUCACAGCAGUCCCAACGCAGCCGGCUGAAGCAGAAGGGUUACCACCCGCUUACGGCUACAUGCCCAUCAGACUGUCGCUGGAGGGCUGGAGUUCCCAUGGUAAUGCAAUGAAAGCCACAGCUGAAAAACUCAUAGCUUUUUUUUGCUCUCCCCUGACACUUACUUUACCAAGUUCCAAGAUGAGCUCCUUGGCUCCCUGGGUCUUGUGACCAUGCAGAAGCAAGUGGAAUUCAUCGCUGGGAUAUUUAAGGUCAGGAGCCUUCCCUUCAUCUCUGUUCUUUACUGCUGGCUAAGUGAGGAGGA